AUAACUUAUCACCUCAUAUAACAAACACCUCAAUCUAAUAAUGUCCCAUUGAACAUGAAAUUAUACGGUGGAGUAAUUCGACCUGUUAGACCUUUACACUUCAAUAAUUUAUUACUUGGAACUCUGUUCAUAUACACAGUAAUCUUGUUACAAGGAGUCAGUGGAGAUGCAAAAGACGCUAUAUUUGAUCUAAGAUUAUUCAUUGUCGAACUCUGGGUGAAUUUGUGUUCUCGUUUAGGCGAAACGUUCAGCUGCUUUUUGAAGGUACUACCCACAACUCUGGGAGGUGAAAAUAAAUCAUGUAUUACAUGAAUAAAUAAUCUUGAAUGAAAAUCUGUCGUCAAGACUUGCUGAUAUCAUUAUUAAGCAAAUGACGGGAGACUCAAUAGUUUUAAUGAAAC